AUGUCUCGAACGUCAAAUCAACCGGAGCCACAUAUUCUUCCUGCGCAACUGGAUGAUGAUGAAAAACGUGUAUUAGCUGAUUGUGAACGAGAGUCACUUUAUUAUCGUAGUAUACCAUUAGGUCUUAUGACAUUGUUUGCAACACAAUUCGCUAUGUCAAAAAAUUUAAUAAAACCACAAGGAAAAUGGAUUAAACUUACUGCAAGUUUAUUUUCUGGUUAUAUCCUUGGCAAAAUAUCAUAUGCACCAGCAUGUCGAAAUAAAAUUCUUACACAAAUUCCUAAUAGCAAUCUAGCAUAUGCAAUUCGUGGUAUUAAUACUCCACACGAAUCAACUAAUUCAGACGAACAAGAUUCAACAACUUACAUACCAAGAAAAUCAAGAGAUCCGAAUGAACCUGUUGUUUUUUUACCAGAUCCUGUUGAACUUGAUACUCUCACCAUGCCAGUCGGUGUUAAUCAGUAUGGUGAUCCAAUUUAUGAUACGACUAAAUAA